GCCUGACCUCCUCUUCCAAAUUUCAAUCAAGAGUGAGAAAUGGCUUCUUCAACCAUGGCCAGCCAACUCCAAAGCAAUUUCGCCUCUUCAUUGACAAGAAAGCUUUCAAUUCCAAAGGGAAUCUCCGAUGCUCCCUUUAGAGUGAAGAGAACCACUUCCUUCACAGUCAAAGCCAUCCAGUCCGAAAAGCUAACUUACCAAGUAAUUCAACCAAUCAAUGGUGACCCAUUCAUUGGAAGUCUCGAGACACCUGUCACAUCAAGCCCAUUGGUGGCAUGGUACUUGUCCAACCUCCCCGCCUACCGGUCAGCUGUCAACCCGUUGCUCCGUGGGGUGGAGGUUGGGCUGGCCCAUGGGGGUUUGACUUCAUCAUCUUCAAUCAUCACAGAAGGGGGUUCGACUUCAUCAUCUUGAAUCACCACAUUCCACACUUAUUCGUAGCAUGGAGCAAGGAAGUUAGCAGCCGCCAGAGUCGUCUUUCUAGCUCUACUUUCCUAUCUUCUUCCUCAUCUAGGAAUGAGGGACCUGGAUCUGCAAGAAGUUUUUCAUCGUUUGUGUUUUCCUUAUACCCCGAGGGGUCAAAACAAUUGCUACUCUAUUUUUAGUUUAUCUUUUCCUAAGCUUAGUUAUUUUGAUGUUUUUUUCUUAGUUGCUACUCUAAUUACUUUUCGUUUGUUGAUCGAUCUUUAAAUCUGUGUUUGGAAUUCUGUUUUAUUUUGGUUAUUGAAGAUCGUUUAUGAAAUGAAGUUUUUAAUGCAAGUUGUUUUGGA